AUGAAACUCCGCAAAGCCCUCUGGCGGUCGGCCGGAGUGUCAAAACCUGCGAUCAUGGCGUCCCUUGCGGUGGCGCACUACAUCUUCCCCGGGCCUCUUCGCACCGCUUCCAAUAUCGCCCGCGCCCGGCCCUUGAGAAGCGCUCGGAAGGCCAUUAACCUACCCCGGUCCGACCGUAUUCCCGCCAGCUUCGCGACGUCCUCCAACUCUUCCAGGAACGUCCACGCAUCUCCAUCCUCGAAAGCAUCAAGCCACGGCACUUACAACCAUAUCCUGGCAACGGCACCCGUCAUUAUAAUUCCAGAAGGCGGUGCUGGUCGAGGAUAA